AUGGCUACAGCAAACCACCAGGUUGUUUCCUUAAAGCUCUCCAAGAACGUGCUCGAGGUUAUUUGCUAUCAGGAUGCUGUGAUCAAGUGGAGAGAAAACAAGAGCACGAGUCUGGACAACGUCUUGGUGACAAAUGUGAUAUACUCCGAUGCAAAGCAAGGGGAGCGCGCCACAGAUGCUGCUAUUAAGGAAGCGGGCGCAACAGAGGCAGAGGCCAUCCAGGAAAUACUAACUCGCGGCCACGUGUCCCUGUCGACUCAGGAGCGCCGGCGGCGUGUGGAAGAAAAGAAGCAAGAGAUAGCAGGCUUCUUACACAAUAACUACUUGAGCAACACCAACUCCAUAGUCCCGGUUGCCCGGAUUCUUGCGGCUAUGGACCAAGUCAUUGGGCUUAAGAUAGAUCCCUUUAUAGAAGCAAGUGCGCAGGCACCGGGGAUUGUAGAGAUGUUAGAAAAGAAGGAUAUCAUUUUACUGCACCCAGGAGGUAUAGAGGGCUCUUUGUCGGUUCCAUAUAGCGCGGUCUCCAAACUCCAGGCGACAGCUGUGAAAAUAGGCGUAAACUUCCUGGGUGACGGGGAAUAUACCUCUACAGGCUGGUCCGUGAAGUUUUCUGUUAGCCCCAAGGGCGUUGACCAGCUUAUGAGUUUGUUGGAGAGCUUGUGCAAAGGGGAGUAUGAGUGUACCCUAUCAAGCGGAGCAGUUGAACAAGUUGAGGAGGCCAAUCCAGGAAAAAAGAACAAGAGUAAGGGAAAGAAAAAGUAA